CUGUCCAUUGACUAUGAGCGGUCGACUAACCUACUGCGUGACGGAGAAUGAGUUGGUACACAGAAAAGAUGGGAAGUGUAUUCACCUCUCUGAAGUUCCUUGUGGUCUGGACACUGAUACUUUUGGCAGAUUUCAUCCUUGAACUUCGAUUUGAAUAUUUAUGGCCAGGUUGGCUAUUUGUCAAAGGGGUGUACGAUUCCUCUCGAUGUCAGGGCCUUGCUAUUUCCUUACUCUUUGUAUGUGCAGCAUUUACCUCAGACGUGUUCUGUUUUAUCUUCAUACCACUGCACUGGCUUUUCUUCGUUGCUAGUACAUAUGUAUGGAUUCAGUACCUCUGGAACUCAGAAAGGGGUGUUUGCUUGUCUACUUUGUCACUUUGGAUACUUUUUAUUUACAUAGAAGCAACAUUCAGAUUUAAGGACUUAAGAAAUUUCAAUGCUGAUCUUUGCCGGCCAUUUGCAGCCCAUUGCAUAGGAUAUCCAAUGGUGUCUUUAGGUUUUGAAUUUAAAAGUUACAUUUACUACAAAAUUAAAUUAAGGAAACAAAAAGAAGUUCAAAAACAGAACGAGUUUUUCAUACAACUUCUUCAGCAGGCCUUACCCUCAACAGAACAGCUGCAGCCAGGACAGGACGGGACACCGGACAAAGCAUUUAAAGGGCUUUCGCUGUGGUCUCAGUACCAGCAAGAAAAUAGAGCCAUUGUAAUCGGGAAGAAGUACAGUUUAGUCUUACCGGAACUGGAGUUUAAAGAAAGAGGGAAAGAGAAGGAGGUCAUAAAGCAUACUCUUGGAGCUAGUAAUUGUUUACAAGCACCUGACUCUAGGAUGAGUGAAACAGAAUGUGUGGAAAAUCACUUUAUCAAAACAAUGGAGUAUGAGCCAUUUGGAAGUACUGAAAACCUAUCCCAUGAUGACCUGUGUGCCGAAACCUCAAAAGUCUGCAAGCACAAAUCACCAAAGCAGCAUUGUGCAUCGAAUGGCAAUGUGAUUUUUCCCAAAGUGGAGAAGAAGCAAAAGUGUUCAAGCAAAAGCACCAGUGCACGCAAAGGGAUCUUCGAAAAUGGCUCUUUGAAUCAUCAGAACAGCAAACCAGAGGCUGUGCUGCGAUUGGAAAGUGAUAUAAAGAAACUGAAGGCAGACCUACAAGCCUCUAGGCAAUAUGAGCAGGGACUCCGUAAUCAGGUUAAUGUAUUGACCAACAGCAAACAAAAAGUACGGUCUGAGCUUGUUCAGCUUCGACAAGAAAAUGAGCUUCUACAGACCAGAAUGCACUGCGCUUUGCAAGCCAAACAGAAGGACAAGCAGAACAUUGCCUAUCUAGAGAAAAAGCUUAGAGCAGAGCUGGAGGGUCGAGCUCUGCUGGAGAAACAGCUGAUGGAUGCAAAAAGGAGAAAAACAGAUGAAGCUUCAGUUCUUACUCGGGCCGUUUCACUCACUGCAUCCAUCAGGGGAGACUGUACAGACACCUUGAAGAACAGAAUGAAAGAAAUGGAUGCAGAAUAUAAACAGCUGCAAACAGAACUCAAAGUGAAAGAUGAACACUUAAGGAAAGUAGAGCAGGAAGUGCAGGAACUUUGUAAAUAUAAAGAAAAUGAACAGGACACUGAAAUGUUGAUGGCAGCACUUUCAGCCAUGCAGGAUAAAACUCAGCACUUAGAGACCAAUCUCAGUGCAGAGACCAGGAUCAAACUGGACCUCUUCUCUGCUCUUGGGGAUGCCAGGAGACAACUAGAGAUUGCACAAGGACAUAUAAUCCAACAAGAUCAGGAAAUUGAAGAGCUCAAACAGAAGGUUGCUGAAGUUAUGGCAGUUAUGCCGGGGAUCACUUACAGUGUUGCAAACACACUCAGUCCCGCAACUUCACAUUAUUCCUCUAAAUUUGUGGAGACUGGGAAUUCUGUACUUGAUCCUAACACUUUAAUGUACCAGCCUCUGAAGAAAUAA